UAUCUCUUCUGAACAAACUGUCUUUACCCUUCAUAUUAUACUGUUUUUUUUUUUCCUUUUGUUCUUUAGUCUAUUUUUUGCUCUAAUGGCUACCUCCAAAGCCUCUGAUAAAGGCUACCCAAUUUAUGAAACUGGUCAAUCUCAAAUGGGUUUUGCUCUAAUUCAAAGAAACUCAUCUCCAAUAUCUCAAAAUGGAGGAGAGAGAAGAGGCAGAAGAAAACAAGCUGAACCAGGAAGGUUCCUUGGUGUCAGAAGAAGACCUUGGGGAAGAUAUGCUGCUGAAAUUAGAGACCCAACAACUAAAGAAAGGCAUUGGCUUGGAACUUUUGAUACUGCCCAUGAAGCUGCCCUGGCUUAUGACAGAGCUGCCCUGUCAAUGAAAGGCACUCAAGCAAGAACAAAUUUCAUUUAUUCUGACACUUCGACUUUCCAUUCUCUUCUUACUGCUUUUGAUGUCCAAACUUUGCUUCCUAAUUCUGAUCAUUCUCACUCCAAAUUACAACACACCCCUUCUCCCAUUACUAUUCCCAAUCAAAACAAUAACAACAACAUCUCAUUUGCUCAAUCGCAGCCCUCCAUUCAUGAAACUUCCUCAAAUCCUUCUGUUCAUGAUGAUCAUCGUGACACUAAUUUCUUCUUCUCCAAUGAUUCCAAUUCAGGCUAUUUGAGCUGCAUUGUCCCUGAUAAUUGCUUGAAACCCCCUUCAGAUUCUAAAUACAAAACCCAAUCCAACUCCAUUACUUCAAAUGAUCUUCAAAAGUUUAACUUCUUUACCUCAAACUCCAUUGAAACUCUCCCUUUUGAAGGUUUGGAUGUUUAUAGUACUAAUAAUAAUGCUGGUUAUGGCUCUGUUAUGGAGGAACCAAAUUGUUCAAAUGAUGGAGUAGUUUGGGAUAAACAGCAAAUUUGGGAGAGUAAUAAUGGUAGUGAUGAACUCUCAGCUAUAAUUAAUAGCUCAUCUUCCUCUUCAAUGAUGGCUGAAAAUGGAGGUUUUCAUCCAUGUAUGAACAGUUCUUAUGGUGGUUUGUUGCCUCAAUCUUCUACUUGUUCUCCUUCAGCUGCUUCUUUUGGUGAUGCAUUUGAUUUUGGGUACACAUUACUUUGAGCAGCAAAUGGACUGAAGUUAUUGGUGAAUCUGUCUAAAAGAAAGUGAUUGUUUUUUUUCUUUUUCAUGCAUGUACUUUCUGCUUUUGUUUUCCUGUUGUGAUAUGAAGAA